AUGGGCGACCAAAGCUCUCGCGAUGAGUCGCACCCCGACAACACCCUGCGCGCCGUGCAGAACAAGAAGCAGGUCCCGGAGAUUGACUUCACCCUGCAUACCAUGGAGGAUGGCACACAAGUGAGCACACAAGAGCGAGUAUGCAAAGAUGUACAAGCGCCCGCCUUCAACGUUCCCACCGAAGAUCAGCUACUCUCACCGUCAGAUCGCUCGAAGCCGAAUUUACAAUUCCUGAAGCAGCACCUCUAUCGCGAGGGUCGCCUUACUGAAGAGCAAGCACUAUGGAUCAUCAACUCGGGCACGACACUUUUGCGCGCCGAGCCUAACCUGCUGGAGAUGGAUGCGCCCAUUACAGUAUGUGGUGAUGUACAUGGUCAGUUCUUUGAUCUGAUGAAGCUCUUUGAAGUCGGCGGCGACCCGGCGGAGACACGGUACCUGUUUUUGGGCGACUACGUGGAUCGCGGAUACUUCUCUAUCGAAUGUGUGCUCUAUCUCUGGGCCUUGAAGAUGUGGUACCCGAACACCCUUUGGCUGCUGCGUGGCAACCACGAAUGUCGCCACCUUACAGAUUACUUCACCUUCAAGCUGGAGUGCAAGCACAAGUACAGCGAGAAGGUCUACGAGGCGUGCAUGGAGUCUUUCUGCGCGCUGCCUCUGGCCGCCGUCAUGAACAAACAGUUUCUGUGCAUCCACGGAGGCUUGAGCCCGGAGCUCCACACCCUCGAGGACAUCAAAGCACUUGAUCGCUUCAGAGAGCCACCGACACACGGACUCAUGUGCGAUAUCCUCUGGGCUGAUCCUCUGGAAGAAUUUGGGCAGGAGAAGACGCAAGAGUUCUUCGUCCACAAUCACGUUCGAGGCUGUUCGUACUUCUUCUCCUAUCCUGCCGCUUGUGCUUUCCUGGAGAAGAAUAACCUUCUAUCGAUCAUUCGCGCACACGAGGCCCAGGAUGCAGGCUACAGAAUGUACAGGAAGACACGCACGACCGGCUUUCCGUCUGUGAUGACCAUUUUCUCCGCCCCCAACUACCUCGAUGUCUACAACAACAAGGCCGCCGUCUUGAAGUACGAGAACAACGUCAUGAACAUUCGACAGUUCAAUUCCACACCUCACCCGUACUGGCUGCCAAACUUCAUGGAUGUCUUUACGUGGUCCCUUCCCUUCGUUGGGGAAAAGAUCACCGAUAUGCUCAUCGCUAUCCUCAACACCUGCAGCAAAGAAGAGCUCGAGGAGGAGACACCGCUCACGUCGGAGCCCGCCUCACCGCCAGCGAUCGAGGGUGCCCCUGCUGCUGCGGCCGCGGCACCAUCGCCACUAGACCCGGAGAGCACGGAGUUCAAACGCCGUGCCAUCAAGAACAAGAUCCUCGCCAUCGGUCGUCUCUCACGUGUGUUCCAAGUCUUGCGUGAGGAGUCGGAACGCGUUACUGAGCUCAAGACUGCCACCGGUGGUCGUCUGCCCGCUGGUACGCUCAUGCUCGGCGCGGAGGGUAUCAAACAGGCCAUCAGCUCGUUCGAGGACGCGCGCAAGGUCGAUAUCCAAAACGAGCGGUUGCCUCCGAGCCAUGAGGAGGUGCGCAAAAGCAGCGAAGCCGCGCGGGACGAGGCAUUCAAGCGCGCAUCGAGGGAUGCAGAGAGCGAUCCGGCGCUCGCGACCAUCGCGAGAAGAAUUUCCAUGUCGUCUGGCAGCCGAGCUCGUAAAUAG